CUUGCCGAGCGGCCCCCGCCCAGCGGCUGGCUGCGCGCGUGUGCGUGUGCGCGCAUUCACAGCUGUUGCCUGGAGCAGGUACGAGCGACCGCUCGGCGAAAAAGGAAGCGAGCUGGGACGAGGAAGAGGAUCUCGGAGGAUCUUGGAGGUUUGGUGGGUUCGGAGGCUCGGAGGAGGCCCCGAAGGUGGGCGCGCCCGUGUGCCUUCACCUUUUCGGCGCUCGAUCUAACGGCAUCGUCUGACUCACCUCGGCUGUGUUUGCUUGUGUGCGCGCGCGUCCAUGUCGGCGGCUCUCGGCCCGCCACAAACACAUGGGCGUCGCUCGCGCCACCAAGAGCGAGAGACUUUGAGAAAGAGAGAUAAAGAGCUGAGCCGGAGAAGUACAUGGCAACAGGAAGAUACUGCACACCUCUAAUAUGGAGAGUUCUUUUUGAUUUACACGAGGUGAACCAUUAAACCGUUGCAAAGCCAAAGAUAACAAAAUGGAGGUAUCGCCUUACUUGUUGGCAAUACAAUCGCUCGAUGGGCAAAAUCCAGGUGACAAAUACAAGGAAUUGCACUCAAUCGUCGCACAAAUAAUAAAAGAUGACAAGGAGAGAGAGGAAUUUAUCAGCACGGGUUUAACUCAGCGCGUACAACCUGCUAUGCUGCCUCAUUUACGCAUUCUCGUGGGCAACAAAUUAAAAUUAAAUAAUGCUGUGAUAGAAGCUUUAAAGUCGGAUGACGCGAUGAUCAUUAGGCAAGCUCUGAAUGCCAAGUGGUUCUACAGUAGUUCUAAUGAUAUUAUUCACGUGGAUUAUUUUGUGUCUAAUGUCAUACCAUAUAUAUCUCUACGUACGCGCCUUGAGCUUGUCAAGACGCUCGCUCAUUGCCUCGUCGGCGACUCGAAAAAGGCCGACGAUUUUUUCGGCAGCUUCGCCGAUUUAUUCGGCGUGGAUCAAGCUCUACCUCUCCUCGUAGCUUGUAGCGAAAACUACAUUUACAGCGUGGUUUUGGAGCGGCGAAUAACACUGCCGUCGAGAAUACUUGGCAUACUGUAUCGUAAAUAUCCGCAAUUAGUCAUACGCUACCUUCAGCUAGGCAAUGAACGCAAUGAGGCGAACAAAAGUGACAGAAAAAUUCAUAAAAUCUCACUGGCAAACUAUAGCAGCUUCCUGCCAAUGCUUGUAAAACAUCAUACGCAGGAGUUCGUCGAAUUGUUCGAGAGCUCACCUAAUUAUUCGAAAAGCAUGAAAUUAGGAAGCACGAGGGCUGAAUUCUUCUUGAGGAAUGCCACGGAUGUGCUUAUUAAAAAGCCGCGAAUAUUUUUAAAUCUUUUGCCGCUUAAGCUCGUGAGCAAUAAGCUGAGUACGCAACAAUUCGAGACUAUGUUUGAAAAUUUAUUUCUGAAAGAUGUCAAAGACUUCGCAAUCGAGCAGAUGAUCAGUUAUUUGCAGUACUACCCGCAAGAAAAGAAAUUUAGUUUACUUACGAGUAAAUAUAAGCUCUUGUAUGGGGAAAAUAUACUCGAAAAUUACAAUACGUUUGCAUGCGAGAACUUUUAUAAAUUACUUCCCACCCACAUAAAAGAAGAAUAUGGAAAAAGAAAGCUUGAGUCUUAUGUAGGCCAACGGCAGUACCAUAAUUAUAUAUUUUGCUUACCGCCUAUAGAGUCGUUAAGAAUGCUGAAAGAGAGAAUAAAAAUACCCUCGGACAUAUCGAGAUCCGAGUGGAUUCGUCAAAUGAUUAAAUCCUGUGCCAUUUACGACAGCAAGGAGGAUCUCCUCGACGUACUCAAUUAUUAUUACACCCAUCACAUGAACGAGCAGGCUUACGUAUUACACGAAGUUCUCGAUAGUUUAACAGAUGCAUUCGACAUAAAGUCAUUGAGCAAAGUGCAUUGGCAAGUGCUCAAACAAAUUAUACGAGUAGCCUAUACUAAAGGUGAUCUUUUUGCAACAUCAUCAUAUCAGUAUGCCAAAUUCUUCAAAGGUGCUUUACAUUACUUUCUCAAGCAGCAUAAGCUAGACACAUUGUUAGAAAAUAACGAGUUUUUAGAUUUACUUGUUAAGAUAAUUGUGGAGUGUUAUGUCGAGCAUGAUAUGAAGUGGAAUUUCAUAACGGAUUGUCCGGAAUUCGAAAGAGUUUGUUUGCAGAAAUUUUUAUUAACUAUACCGGAUAAGUAUCCCGAGACAUUUAAAAUUUGGUCUAAUAACAAAAUCAAGUUGAACGUAACGUCGUAUCUUAUUAAAUCGAUGCACGAUUUUAAUGUGAGGAGGCAUUAUUUCACCGAAUCCAAUAGGAGGUACAAUACCGGAACGAUGGACUUCAAUAAUAAAGAGAACAAGCGAUCGAAGUUCACGAUUAAGGACUAUCCGUGGUUAAUCAAUUUUUCAGCCGAUUUGAUUAAGACUGGAGCGUGCAACAGAAUAGGCUUUAAGCAAUUUAGAAAAAUUUUACGCACUCACGAUUUGGAAUUUUAUCAAAAAUUAAUCGACGACGAUCCAAAUUUAAUAAACGAUGUCGAGUCUUCCGAUGCAAUUGUGGCAUUGAAACGCGAUCAGAAAAGAAUUCUUAAUAAGUGGAAUCUAUACAUGGAGGCGUGCAAAGAGAAAUUGCAAACGGGCAAUAGAUUUGCCAAGUGCUUUGUGUUGGCGAUCAGGUGGUACCAGGAAAUACCCGUUAAAUUUAUGAAACAGUGCUUCCUCGAGCUCGAAAGUCAAAAUAGCAUAUUAAUAUUAGGAAUAUUGUUAGAGGGCGAAGCAUUUGGCAAAGUCAUCGAACCUUAUCUUCCAACGGAUAAGAAAAUAAACAUUGAAUGCAAGGAUGCUAAGAAUAGAUAUAAUAUCAUAUCAUCCCUGACCAAAGCAAUAAACUUUUCCAACCCACCCGUUCCAUUCGAUGUUAUAGCUUCGUUUUGCCAAGGGGAUUACGUAGCACUGGCCACGAAUACCUUAACCAACGUAGCUCAACGCCUGCCAAUCGACAAGGUUCUAGCAUACGCAAAUCAACUUAUAGAUAAACCUAUUUCCGUAAAGAAGCUUGGAAUACGUAUGGUUUUUCAAGUAGCAACAAAUAGUGAGUUACGAGAAUUUUUAAUGCGGAUGUGGACGGACGAGAAGAAUCUAUCAAUACGGGAAUUAGUGGCGAUUAAGAUAUAUGAUACAUUCAAGAAAUCCCCGAGUGAUGAGACUUGGAGGCUGCUUAAGGCUUGCUUCGAUGGAAUUACGAGCGACGACGAGACAAUUUUACAAAACUUUUCGAAUCUUGAAGAUGUCGAUAUGAAUUUCAUGGCAAUGCACAUUAAAGAAUUUAUCAAUAAAGUUGACUCGUUUAUCGAUGACGCUCUAGACGAGCAGAAAAAGCAGAAAUGGAUGUGCUUCCUGGUCAGUAAAAUUGACGAGAGCAUAAUGCAAUGGCUGUCGGAGGAAUUAAUAACCGAUAUUAUUCAAAGAAAUUUCUUCAGCUAUUCCAUAAUAUUUACGGUGAAAAUUUAUUUGCUCUCCGACAUGGAUAGGUUCGAGCAAAGAUUGAAAAUAAUUAUGGACAUUUUGCGCAAUGAAUUUGAGAAAUUCAAUAUAUCCAGUCGAAAGUCAUCUAGAUAUUAUCCAGCCAAUUAUCAUAUUAAUACUUUCUUUUCGUUAAUGUUUAAACAAUUAUUGGAUAAGGGGAAUAAUGAAAUGAGUGCUCGUGUAAUCGACGAUGCUUUGAAAUUAUUCUCAACAAUAUUGCAUCCGUGUCAGGAUGCCCAGACUUUUAUAGCUCUAAGCAUGUAUAAAAAUUAUUAUGAAGCUGAGACACCAAAAGAAUUUGGAAUUAAAUUUGGAAGGAGCAUCGUGGGUCUAGUGAACGAGUUCAAAAGUGAUAUCAUAGUGAGCGAUAUUGUAAAAAUAAUGAAUGAAUUUUUAAAUCACGCGAAUGUUUACAAGUGCGUUAAAAAGUUGGACUUGAAGCUAAUAAUAAUUAAAGGUUUGAUGGAGAGUGACGAACGUUAUGGUACACUAGUUGGUAUAAAGUUGAUAGAUUAUUAUGAGAUAAGUCACUAUAAUAACAGCUACGACGAAUUAAUGAAGAUCUGGAAAGGUAUUGAUAACAUCACGGUGAAAGCUGUUUUGAACAAUAUUAUGAAUAAAAAGGUGUAUUUUUCAUAAAAUUAAUAUAAACAAAAUAAGU